CCCUGAUUGGCCUUCAUGGUUCAAUUACAAAGAAGUGUGGGCGUGUCCAGCUCCAAUUCAUCCAUCAUCAUUUCGAGGAUCGAUACCUUACAAAUUAUUCUCCAGCUCUACCAGCGCCAAAGAUCUGGAUCCGGGUAAUUCUUCUUCGGAUUCGUAUCUCUCUUCGCUGUUGCCUCGACGCUCGUCUUCCAGUGUCGUGUCAAUGCUACCAGUAGGCGUGGCACUCUCCGUUACAGCUGUCGCGCUGCAUCGGAGCUCGCUACUUGGUCUCACCACGACGUCGGCUGCAACAGACGGCUUCUAUGCCGUGUAUUCGGGCGAGGGCAGCAUCCGCACCGUUGAUCACGCCAGCUGACAAGCAGGUGUCUCGUCUUGAACGCCUGUGGGAUCGUGCGGACAGGCAGCAUUGGUGCGGCGAGGGGCUUCUGGCGGAGCUUCUUAUCUUUACACUACUUGGAGAUGAAACCAAGGCGGUUUCUAAUCUGUGCUUUGUUCCACAGGGUACCAUAGUAUUCCCCGGUUCCAGUGGUAACCCACGUCCAAUGAUGGCAAUUUGUUUUCACUCCAUCGUUGAUACUCAUGUUCGCUUUUCAUGUACAGAAACAGUCGCCCGUGAGAAACAGCAUAGUCUCAGCAAUCCUGGCUUCAUGCAAAAUCUAGAAGCGUGGACUUGGGGGUGACGCUGGGAUCACACGUCCCUUAACGCUCAUUGGCCGACGGCGGCGGCACUGGACGUCGAUCUGGCUCUGGGGGCAAAACAUCGUCCUUCAGUCAAAGGAAUGUCCUGCCUUCUGUGUUUCGGACCGGAUUCCAGAAGAUCUGGCUCUUCCAAAUGAGCUUGAAGGCGAUGUUGUCGUGCGGGGACCAGUCCGGUUCUCCCUCAGUAUUUUUUCUCCGGCUCACGUACCCACUGUGAUUGGUUUCCUCAGGUGUUCUACUUGACAUUGCCAGGAUCUUAUCGUAAUUCCGCGUUUGACUGAAGACGAGCUCAAUGACAGGUAGAAUGUCGCAUUGAAGGAGGCACUCGCCUAUGGCCCGUUGACUUCCGAACACGAUGCAUGCUGCGCUAGACCCUUCAUCGUUAGCGUUCGUUCCAAGGUGUGGUGUUCUACAGUAUCAGCGAGAUUUUCGAGGCUGUAGAAAAUUGGUUCAAUGAAGCCUAGAGAUAAUGAUCGCGGAAAUGUAGCUCCGAAUCCAUGCGAUGCGCUUCUUUCACUCGAACGAGAAGACACCGUAAUGGGGUGUGAAGAUUAGACCUUUCGUGGGACUGGGAAAUGGGCAGUUGACUGCGAGAAGUGUCCACAUAUUUGCAGAUGGCAUGUCUCCACUGCAGAAAGAUCUCUGGCAAUCAGAGCACUCCAACUAAUUUGAAUUUGCCGCUGUACGAGCUAUUCGGGCUCAAUCCGAACACUUCCGGUCUCCUUCGCCUAGAGCCUCAGGUGCCCUUCGCUGUCAUUUGAAAAAUCCUGAAGGACAGUUGGCAAGUCGACAUUCACGCAAUCGGAGAUCGUGUCCACGGUGGCGUCCUCGAUGCAUCUACGGCUUCGCUCCAGGGCGUUAAUAUGUCUGCGGCUCAGCCUAGGCUCUUGCACGCACUGUUAAUGACCCCAGCCGAUAUGGGAAGACUGGGCACAUUGGGCGUAAUUUCCAGUGUCCAACGCAGUCACGCGUGCGGGGCUUAUCUGGAGCUGAGCCGGAGGGUCUCGACUGAUCGAAAUCCAACCAGGAUGGGUGACAUGGAGAAUGCACAGGAUCAUCACCCUGGCUCAGAUUCUUCUCAGUUCAAAAUCAUGGACCCGAUGAUGGGAUAUUACGCUACCGUUACGCGUCUCGCGGUGAAGGAGACGUCCCCCCGCAAGAGCAAAGGAUGGAUUCCAAAGCAAAUACGAACACGGAUCCAGGCGCUUCGGGGCAUGACUAACGACUCAGCCUAUGCAACCAUCUCUGAAUCCGACACGGAAUCGAUAGAACUGGGGAAGCGACCCGACUUCGUGGUGUUCUCCCCAGAUACAAUGCACCGACCCGCCGGGAAGAUCACCGAAACAAGGCCGCUGACGACCGCGGUCGACGGUCGGGGGAUGUCAGGCAGAAAACUAUGAGAACCCAAAUAAUGAAUUUGUCUACGAUUACAUGCAGGAUACGAAUACAAGAAUGUACAGGGAAUACGACUCAGUGAAGUAACUCGACUGGUCUGCUAGACGUCC